UUUGUUCCAAGUCUCAGGCACUUCUCUCUACGAAACUGGUAUGUAUCGGUUUUUGUGAACCUCCACAAUCUAUUUCCUAGUACGUUUUACCUGAAACCCGCCCAUUGUCACAGGAAGCCAAUAGCUUGGCCUAACGCAGGUAAAACUUCGGCUCCAGCUCACAGAUCGAGAAAAGCCGAAUAAACUAGUUCUGGAGGACACUGUUGACAUACGUUUACCUACCAGCGUCUCGUGUUUUUUAAAUAGUGAACGGAUCGGAUUUACCGUUCCAACUCGAAAGUCCAGUCCGGCAGAGCGAAAUGACACAGGAGCUUGGCAAAAAGAGGGGUGUUCUGGUGCUCCAGAAUGAGCCGUCGUACAGCGGUGGUCAGCGGCAAUCAUUCACGGAGGAUGACGAGGCAUGGAGGGCCUUCCUGGAGAACCCCCUGACAGCUGCCUCCAAGGCCAUGAUGAGCAUCAAUGGAGAUGAGGACAGUGCCAACGCUCUGGGCCUCCUCUACGACUACUACAAGGUGCCACGAGAUAGGAGAACGGCUGGACAGCCCAAAACAGAAGUGCCCCUGGGCGAUACUGAUCCAAACAAAAUAAAUGUCAUGAUGCCACUCCAAGACUCUCCCCUGAGGGCCGUCCCUCGCAACACUGCGGCCAAGGGCAGCAGCCAACACAGCCGGGGGGACAAGAUCCGGGCUCUCUACCCAGCCUCAGACUCCAUAGUCUGCCUCUCCAGCCCUCCCUCCUACUCCAUCAGCACAGGGCGGACCCUGGCCCUGCACUCCUUCCCAGUGGGCCUCCCCCCUGGUCCCCACAGCUCCCACAGUUCUCAGUCCGACGGAAUGGCCUUCAGUCACCAGCUCAACCACAGCCAGUACAGCCCCAGAGCCAAGAGCCUCACCCCCGAUUCCACCUACACAGAGCCCUACAAGGACAGCUCCAAUGAGGUCUUCCCUCUCUCGGAGGAGCUCCAGCAACGUAUGACCUCCAUCCCUCCCGGUGGAUACCCUUACUACAGCUUGACAGCAAGUCAACACUUUGAGUACAUGCUGGAGGCUCCCCAGUCUAUCCGGCCCAAGAGCGGCAGUGGCCAGAUGAGUUACCUGAACAAGGGCCAGUUCUACCCCAUCACCCUAAGAGAGCUAGGGGGCCCCACGGUCCUACCCCACCUCAAUGGAGCAUUCCGAAGUGUGGUGAUGCUGGUGUUUGGAGAGGAAAAGUUCACAGAUGACCAGCUCAAACACUGGAGAUACUGGCACAGCAGACAGCACACAGCCAAGCAGCGCUGCAUUGAUAUUGCUGACUACAAAGAGAGCUUCAAUACGAUUGCCAGUAUUGAGGAGAUUGCCUACAAUGCCAUCUCUUUCACAUGGGACACUAAGGACGAGCCACGGGUGUUUGUGUCAGUGAACUGUUUGAGUACAGACUUCUCCCCUCAAAAGGGAGUGCGGGGCCUUCCUCUCAACCUCCAGAUUGACACCUACAGCUGUGGUGGCCAUGGUGACAAGCUAGUGCACAGAGCCUACUGCCAGAUCAAGGUGUUCUGUGACAAAGGUGCCGAGAGGAAGAUCCGAGACGAGGAGAGGAAGCAGACUCAAAGGAAGGGAAGGGGACAGGAGACAACUGCAGCCUGUGUGGAAGACCCUCUGAAGCUGAAGCAUAUGGACGUAACAUCGUUCAAAGCCAUGAGUGAUAUGAACUCCCAGCCGGUCCUCUUCAUCCCUGAGGUUUACUUCCCCAGCACCCAGCGCCACCAUACAUGCAUAUCAGAUGACGGUGAGGAUGGCUUGGGGCAGAAGAGACUGCUCCACUAUGAUGAGGAAUUUGACUCUGCCACUCACAAGAGAGCCAGGAGGGAGGAGCCAGAAAAGGUGCUGCUCUACGUCCGUAAGGAGACAGAGGAGGUGUUUGAUGCUCUAAUGCUGAGGACGCCCACUCUGGCAGGACUACUGGAGGCUGUAUCUGAUAAAUAUGAGCUGCCGCUUGGAAAAAUGGGGAAAGUCUACAAGAGGUGCAAAAAAGGGAUCCUAGUUCAUAUGGACGACAACAUCAUCAAGCAUUACUCCAACGAGGAUGCCUUCCAGAUCCGCAUGGAGGAGGUGGGGGGAAAGGUCCUGCUGACACUGACCGAGAUCUGAGCCUGGACAGGGGGGUAUACAUUAGGGCCAGCAACGUUUCAAAACGUUUUGCAAUGGAAAACGAAAAUAACUAUUUCUUAUUGGACCAGUACAGGUUAUUGGACCUCCCUGUUUUAUACAUUUUUCUUCUGUUUGGUGCCACCAAGGUCAGGUCCUUGGAGGAGGGACACAUGUUGUGCUCCAAGGGCGUGAGUAGGGACCCAGAACAGUAAGAUUAGUCACCUGUUUACACAACUGUAACAUACUUCUACAAGUUAAACUAGAUCUUUUCAUGACUUCUGCCUUUCUGCUGCACCAGUGACUACAAGGCCAUUUUCUGGUUGCGCAACAUUGCUACCUCGUUCGCUGGCAAGAUUCUUGUUGCAUUUUCACUUAAAAUAUGACUGAUUGAUUCAUUGUCUCCAUGUUAAAAGUUGAAAUUAUUUUUAGGAACAUUUGGAAACAAUAUUGUGUAACAGCCAAUUAUAUUUUCCUUGCUUAAAUUUAGACAUUUUGUACUACUACUUUACAGUAUAUGUCGCUGUGAAUGAAUUAUUUUCCAGACGAGAUGGCAGAGUGUUGUUUAGAAUGUCAGUGUUCAUAUAAGUUCAUAUUAUGUAUUAUUUUCAAAGAUAUGCAGUGGUCAGUUUUAAGAAAUGGACUUGUAAAACAUGAUGCGGUGACUGGUUAGGGCUAUUUCUGUCUGAGUAUGUACUUUUAUAUUUUUUAUUUGUAUGUUUACAUCAUGAAAAAGUAAUAUAUGAAUUCAAUAAUAUAUGUAUUUAUAUUUACAUUUUGUGCCAAGUGUGGUGUGUGUAUCUGAAUCUAGAUAUAUAGGUGUCAGCUCCAUAUGUGAUGACACAAUGUGAAUAUUUCUUGGCAACAGGAAAUGGGGGUGGGGCUCAGGAAGUGUGCGUUAGUGUUUCAAAACCUUGUCUGUCAUGCGAGAACUGGUUUGAAAUCAGUCCUGUUAGCAGAUGCUUACCUACAGUGGUUAUUAAAUUUGUUAAAGUCUU